AUGGGAGGGAGCAGGGCAGUUUGUUGUCCUGCGCUCAGGCUGAAUGAGGAUAACGCUCGCUUCGCGUUGCUGGCACUGUUCAUCCUGCUGUACCUGGUGUGCGGGGCGGCGGUGUUCUCAAGCAUAGAGCGGCCCAUGGAACUGCGGGCACAGCGGGCAUGGAGCAGAAGGUUUGCCAACUUCACCCGGUGCCACAACAUCAGCCGCCUGGAGCUGGGCGCCUUCCUCAGGGAGUAUGAGCAAGCCAGUAUGGCCGGUAUCAGAGUGGAUCCCCUUCGACCCAGAUGGGACUUCACUGGAGCCUUUUACUUUGUGGGGACGGUGGUGUCCACUAUAGGAUUUGGGAUGGCUACCCCGGUGACCGUCAGCGGGAGAAUCUUUCUGAUCUUCUACGGACUGGUGGGUUGCGCUGCCACCAUUCUGUUCUUCAACCUGUUCCUGGAACGGAUUAUCACACUGUUGGCCUACAUCCUGCGCUGGUUCCACGAGAGGAGGAGGCAGCGGAGUGGCCUGUCGGGGGCCUCCGAGGGCCGGCGAGGUUCCAGCCCCUCAGGGGAGGCGGAUAGCCUGGACGACUGGAAGCCCUCGGUCUACUACAUCAUGGCCAUUCUCGGGGGAGCGUCGCUGGUCAUCUCCUGCUGCGCGUCUGCCAUGUACAUGCCCGUCGAGGGCUGGAGCUACGCUGAGUCGCUGUACUUCUGCUUCGUCGCCUUCAGCACCAUCGGGUUUGGCGACUUGGUAAGCAGCCAGAAGGCCACGUACACUAACCAAAGCCUGUACCGGGCAGGCAACUUCCUUCUCAUCCUGAUGGGGGUCUGCUGCCUCUACUCCCUGUUUAAUGUCUCCUCCAUUGUCAUCAAGCAGUUCCUCAACUGGAUGCUGAAGAGGAUGGAGUGCCAGGGUUGCCGACGAGGCCCGAUCCGGAGGAGGGCGAGGGCUCACUGCAACGCCGUUCACCCGGCUGCGGCAGCAAAGGCCAGGCCGCACGCCGUCUCCAUGGAGACCGUGUGCGACAGCGACACCGAUGGGCGCCGGGUGUCGGGCGAGAUGAUAUCGGUCAAAGAUUUCUUGGCCUCCAACAAGGUCUCCUUGGCCAUCAUGCAGAAGCAGCUCUCCGAGACCGCCAACGGAGGCCCCAGGCAGAGCCACUCCCGCUACAACGGUUUCUCGCGAGGCGUUGGUGCCCUGGCCAUCAUGAACAACAGGUUGGCAGAGACCAGCGUGGACAGGUAACCUCUCGGCUAGGAGGCCGUAUCCGCCAUCUACUCGGGCGAAGCUCUUAGAUCGGUGUUGCUACUGAUCCAUCUACCCCUUCACCUUUGCCAGGAAAAGGCCAGAAAUGGUCCCUGGUGACGCCGCAGCUGGUUGGGGGCACCGGUGCCUGGCAUCAAAGGAGUGGGCGAAGGAGCUAGCCCCCCACCCCCAGGGUGCUGAGUGAAGGCCAGUCACUCCACACCACCUUAGGGUGACGGUCUCCCCAAAUAAGUGCAACUGGGACCUGUACACCGUUGGUUAGCCAGAAUGGCUCAGGGUGCCAACGCUGUCACCAGAGGAGGGGAAAUAGCUGGGCUCUCUCUGGACAGGGCCAGCAAUGGCCACUUGCAUUCAUCUAGUGCCUUUCCAUGUGUGGUUAAACAUCUCAAGGAACGCAAUGUGGCACUGAGAUUCCUUUCGGACAAGUGAUGAGGACAAGAAAAUCAAGCCGAGAGAAGCACGUUAAAGGAAGCGGUUGAGAGAGGGAGCGGUUUUGGGGAGGAGAUUCCCAAAUUGAGAUGGUGGGACUCCGAAGGCUCAAGCACCAGUGACAGAAGGAGGUAAAAUUGAUGGCAUGCAAAAGGCCAGAAACAGACGAACACAGAGGCCACUUCCCUGAUGUAGACAGUGAUCCCGAAUAACCUGGAGUUCGCUUUCCUUUCUGCCAACUGCGUGAAAAGCACAAGAAUCUGAAAAGUCACGUAAAAGAUAUGACAAGACCA